AUGUCCGUAUUUGUUCAGCCUACACUGAACGCAGAUCAGGAAGAGGGACGACUAUCUCGCAUGCUUCGUCGUCCUACAAAACGAAAGUACAGUGCUGUACGUAUCAUCAGCACUGUUUCAACUGCGCUAUAUAUUUGUCCUGAUGAAUUAAUUGACAGAACAACGAGAAUUUUUGAUUCAAGGCAGAAGUUUUUAUCUCGGAAAGAAACUCUUCCAUAA